AUGAUAUCGUAUUUUUGGUAAUUUCUUUAAUUACCUAAAUAAGUAACAUCAGCUCCAUAGAGAAGUAUUGAGAAGAGAAAAUUAUGUACUUAAUUAAUGUUGAAUUUUAUUCUCUUCUAUACUUUUAUUGCAAUUGAAUCUUACUAUAAUUAUUCUGGUUAUAUUUUGAUAGGAGUUUUUGGAUAUUUGGCAUUAGUGUAUAUAAUUAUAGGUAUUUUUAUAUUUAUUUAAUAAAUUUGCUAUAAUUCAUCCAUUCCAAAAGAAACAACAAUUUGGGAAGGGUAGUAAUUUGUUGAAAAUUAUACCUUACAUCAUAAAUUACACUAAGAUGCUAGUCAUAUCCUAGUUGGAAGUACAAGAAAGCUUGUUGCAGAUACAACUUAAGGCAAAAAAGCAAUGCAUUGUAGUUUAACAAAUUUUUUUUAUUAAUCUCUUUUAUAUAUAUUCUUUAAAUAGAAAUAUUUCAUAGAAUUAAAAUAAGCCUAAAUAAAUAAAAUAAAAAUAUCUAAAUCAAUCUAUUAUUUCACCCUCGUUAACUAUAAUUAAUGCUGUAAACUUAACUUAUGAAUGACUAAGAUUAUAUCUAUUUAACUAAUAAAAUAAGGAUAUAAAUUAAAGANUCAAUAUUACCUAGAAUUAUGAUUGAAUAUUCAGGUAAAGAAUUAAAGAUUAUAACAAAUUACAUUAUCGAAUAGUAAUUUUCUGAGAAUUAAUUUGAAAUUGUAUUUAAUUAAUUUUGUGAAUACCAAUAAAAUAUCAACAAUUAAUUAAGGAAAUGCAGAUUUCAUUUAUUUAAGAAUAUUUUACAAUGGUUUAUUUCUAAAAUCUAAGUUAUAUAUAAUUACUUUGGGAUUUCAAUCUGUAAUUUAUAUUUCAAUAAAAUUAGGUUUUUUCUUUUCCUUUUAAUGUCCAUAUCAACUAAUCUAUAACUUAUUUGAGGAAUCAAUUGGAUAUACUGCUUUGGCUGUUAUACUACCAAUUUUCUAUACCAUUAAUGUUUUAUUAUUCCUAUUACUAACAUAACUAUAUCAUUUUAAUGACAAAAUCAUUGAAAAGGGUUAUGACUAAGAAAUUGCCAUGAUGGCUUAAAAAAAUGAUAAACAGGAAUUUUUAUUUCAAACUUCAGUAAGUUCUUAAAACAUUGAUGUUUUAUUCACUAAAGAAUAUGAUAAGUAAAAUGAAAUUAAUUUUGAAGUUUAAGAGGAUGAAUAUAUUAAAAAUACUUCUUAUUCUAUGGGUAAUGAAUUGUUAUAAGAAAAUGAACUUUAUUUUUUGUAUAAAUUUCCUCAAUUAAAAUACAUAAGUGUGUAUAUUAAUUAUUUAAUUGAUACUUAAAAUUAUUUAGAUUUUGGAGUAACAGCAUUUAUUAUUGCAAAUUUAAUAAUCAUACAUGGUAAGAUAUUAAUAACUGAAUAAUCAACUUAUGAAAUAAUUUUAUUAAUUUUUGUAAUUUUUGUGUUAAUUUUUCAAUUAACUACAAAAAAAUUAGGAAUAGUUUGGAUUUUUGUCAAACUUUCAAUGAUAACAUAUUUUUGGUAAUUUCUUUAAGUACCUAAAUAAGUAACAUCAGCUCAAUAGAGAAGUAUUGAGAAGAGAAAAUUAGGUACAUAAUUAAUGUUGAAUUUUAUUCUCUUUUAUACUUUUAUUGCAAUAGAAUCUUAUUAUAAUUAUUCUGGUUAUAUUUUGAUAGGAGUUUUUGGAUAUUUGGCAUUAGUGUAUAUAAUUAUAGGUAUUUUUACAUUUAUUUAAUACAUUUUCUAUAAUUCAUCCAUUCCAUAAGAAAAAAAAAUUUGGGAAGGGGAGAAAUUUGUUGAAAAUUAUACCUUAAAUCACAAAUUACACUAGGAUGCUAAUCAUAUCCUAGUUGAAAAUACAAGAAAGCUUGUUGCAGAUACAACUUAAGGCAAAAAAGCACAGUAAUUAAUGCUGUAAACUUAACUUAUGAAUGACUAAGGUUAUAUCAAUUUAACUAAUACAAUAAGAAUAUAAAUUAAAGAGGAAUUAGAAAAACAUUAUAAUGUAACUUAAUUUGAUUUGAAUUAAAUAAAGAAAUCAGCAGAAAUAGCAAUUAUUUAAUAAAUUUAAGCUCAAUAUAAAGAUUAAAAAAAUUAACAUUUAAUUAAAAAAGCAGAGGAUACUACUCAAACUUAGUAAGGGAAAUAAUACAAUUAGAAUGACAAAUAGUAAUAGUAGAAUUAAGCACUAAAUUAGGACUUAUUAAAUUCAUGUAAAUAAAGUGAUAUUAAUAAGAUUGAUUCAAAUAUUUAAAAAUUAAGUGAAAUCAAAUAGGAUGAUAUGUUGGAAAGUAAUCGCAAUAAAUUUAAUUAAUUUGGAUAGUCAAAAAAAUGA